AUGGCUGCCGACGACGCUCCCAAUCAGCCGCCUGCUGCCGGUAGCGACAAAGCGCCUGCGCCUGCGCCUAAACCUGCGGCGGCGACCUUUAGUUCUUUUAUUAAUAAGAAUACAACGGGCAAAAAGUUCGCACCCAAAGCCGCACGACGACGACCGGCCGCCGCUGCUGCACCCACUCCUACACCUUCUGCGCCUGCCGAAUCGCAAACUUCGCAGGCCGAACCAGAGCCCUCGAAUGCGCCGGCGACUGAGCCUCCGACUACCGCCGAGCUACCUACACCAGCCGCGACCCAAGCACCUGCCCCAGCGACUACUCCCCAAGCUGUCCCUAGUACAGCCGAGUCUUCGAAAGCGCCUCCGCAACCGACCCCGAACCCUACCCAGCCACUGCCUACUCCAGCACCUACCAAUAUAGACACCCAGACACAAGCCGAGAAAGAGCCUCAUGUCGCUGUACAGCCUUCGACAGACCGGGGUCUCACUACCCAAUACUUGGAAGAUGCGGGCGAUGGCGGCAGGUCACCCAAGCGGCGUCGUAUAGAACCACCCGUACAAUUAGGCACCCCAGCUAGUCAAGAUGUCGCUACAAGUGGAGGAGAUACCACGGACCCGUCACAGUCGGUACAACGAGAAAACGGAGUAGCUGCACAACCACAGCCAGAGGUCGAAGCCACGGCCGCUGUCGAUGCGCCGGCACCAGCGAACAACGCCGGCGAACAGACUGCCGACCCGAAUGUCCCCGCCCCUACUGCAGAUGCCCAGGCCCUUCCACAACCGCGAAAGAGGAGGAAGCUUCCGUGGGCAGCGGUGAACCACCCUCCAGAGGGCGAAGAAGAGGCUGCGGCUGCGGUGCCGACUCGAAAGCCUCGCCAGCCACGCAAGAAGAAGGCCGCUGCAGCAGACCCAGAUGCAGAACACGUUGAACAAGAAGGGGAAGACGAAGAAGAGGCUCAGCCCACCCGGAAACGAGCUGCCGCCAAGCCCCGCGCAAGAAAGAAGGCCAUCGAACCCGCUACACAAGAUGGCGAGGAAGCUCCAGCGCCAGUGAAGAAAACCAGGAAGCCAAGAAAGACCAAGGGGCCUCUGAGCAGCGAGGUCGUCGAAGGCCCAGAAAAUGAAGUCGGCCGCAUAGCAGAUGAGAUUGUAGCAGCAGCCGUGCGUCGCAAACCCAAAGCGAAGAGGAGGAGAAGGGUCACUCCAGAGGGCGAAGAGGUCGAUGGAGUUGAAGGCGAAGAAGGCGCAGUCAGGGAGAAGAAACGGAAGGGGCGACCGCCACGAGAGCCCACACCAUCCGAUGCCGAAGACCAGACGAUUGACCCCAAUGAAACCUAUAUGGAUACUCUAGCAGCCCGGGAUCUUCGCGUUGGAAAGCUGUCUUCACGGGAAAAGCAAAUGCGUACCAUCGAUUGGGAUGCCGUUAAGCAACGUCGAAGAGAAGAAGACAACAAGAACAUCCCUUCGAAAGCAGAUCAGGAAAAACAGGACAGACUUUUGGCAGAAGCAGGAGCAGAGCUAGCGGCCUCACAGGUUGAACCGGGACCCAGGUUUCGUGUGAACGCAGCAGGCGAGAUGGAAAUGGAUCCCACCACUGUAUUUAUCGACCGAGAGGGCGACGCAGACCGUCUCAUUAGCGACAUGACCGUCGUUGAAGACCAAGACAUCACCGCACGCCUCACAACCCGCAGCUUCAUGAAAAACAACAAGCGCUUCCCCAACGAGUUCCUCCUGCCCGGCCAAGGACGACGUUGGACCACAGACCUCACGAACCUGUUCUACGAGGGCCUCAGAUCCUUCGGCACCGAUUUCCAGAUGAUAUCCCAAAUGUUCCCCGGCUUCACCCGCCGCUCCAUCAAAACCAAAUUCACCCGCGAAGAACGCGACAACCCCGACGACAUACGCGCCGCUCUCCAAGGCCGCUGCGAGAUCAACGGCGACGGCUGGAAUACGUUCCUGCAGAAAUCGGAAAAAACCGAGGCCUCUUUCGCCGACACGGACAGGAUCAAGCGCGAGAUGGCGGCAGAGGAAGCAGAGUAUGCGGAGAAAAUCGCCAAGGCAAAAGCGGAAGCACAGGAGAGGAAACGCCAGAGGGAACUUGCGGGUGUUGAUCAGGAUGGGAAUCCGAUUGGUGAUGGUGCGAAUAAGGAGAAUGGGAAGGGGAAGAAGAAGAGGGGGAAGAAUAAGCAGGUUGCUUUUCAGGAGGAGCAGGGCGUGGAGAUUGUGGGGGAGAUUGGGGAUGAUGAUACUUGGGGUCAGGAAUAG